AUGGCACCUCGAGAGAAAAGCGCGCAUAAGCGGGGUAGACUCAGUGUGGAUGCCGAUUCACAAGACCUGAAAAAGCCGCGCCGAUCUCAACGCAUCUCAAGUCAGCAUCAACCACAGGAGACACCAGUCGAUCACGACUAUCUGCCAACUCCACUGACCCAUAGCCAUUCGACUGCCACGGAUAUUCGCAAUGAAGUGACGGCCACUCCACCAGAAAGUCCAAGUCGAACCCGCGCACCCUCGUCGCCUAACCCAGACCUUUCCCAGGUUGUGUCAUCACCACCGGGGGACACACAAGCCCUAUCGCAGUUUGUCUAUCCCCCGAGAGCAUUUGCGGAUGAAGUCGAGGAUGAAGAUGCUGAGGGGGUUUGGGGCUACCUGAUCCCACUGGAUGACAAGGUUAGCAGUGCAUUUACUUUGAAGAAGCGAGAUGGUUGCGACAAUCGGGAAGACGCGGCCAAGGACAAGUCUGGGAAAAAUUCUCAGGCCUGCAAGCAGAAAAAUGGUCGGGCACCUGGUGGUUAUCUGAUUGGCCGCCACCCAGAGUGUGACCUGGUGAUCAAUAGCCCAACGAUAUCAAACCGCCACUUCCUCGUGUUUGAAGAGAAGAGAAAGGGCGAUGUAGUCGCUAUUCUAGAAGAUCUCUCCAGCAAUGGAACCUUUGUGAACGAAGCCAUGGUCGGAAGGAACAAGCAUCGUGAGCUUGAAGAUGGAGAUGAAGUUUCUAUUUUGAACGAAGCCCGGUUUUCCUUUCGUUACCCACGUUCGAGGGAUACCAAUGGUUUCCGUCAACAAUACCGAACACAUCGACAGCUUGGUAAAGGUCAUUUUGCGACCGUCUAUCUGUGUGUGGAGGGCUCCACGGGCAAACAGUAUGCAGUCAAGGUCUUUGAAAAGCGUCCAGGUGAUUCGCAAAAGUCACAAUCAGAUGCUUUGCAGCAGGAGGUUGCCCUUUUGAAGAGCGUCAAUCAUCCGAAUCUCCUCUGCCUGAAGGACACAUUUGAUGAAACUGAUGGGGCUUAUCUGGUUCUCGAGUUAGCCCCAGAGGGUGAACUGUUCAACUUAAUAUUGAGCAAAAAAAAGCUCAGCGAGUCAGAAACCCGCCAUCUGUUCCGUCAGCUCUUUGAAGGACUGAAAUAUCUGCACGACCGAGGGAUUGUUCAUCGGGACAUCAAACCCGAGAAUAUUCUGCUGGCUGAUAAGAAAAUGACAGUCAAACUGGGUGAUUUUGGACUUGCCAAAAUCAUUGGAGAAGACUCAUUUACCACCACGUUGUGUGGUACCCCAUGCUAUGUUGCACCGGAGAUUUUGGAGGAUACUCGGCGACGACGAUAUACCAAAGCUGUGGAUGUCUGGUCUCUGGGAGUAGUUCUCUAUAUCUGCCUAUGCGGCUUUCCUCCCUUCUCGGACGAAUUAUACACGCGGAACAACCCCCUCACAUUGGCCCAGCAGAUCAAAUCGGGCAAGUUCGACUAUCCUGCGCCGUGGUGGGACUCUGUGGGCGAUCCUGCCUUGGAUCUGAUUGACCGGAUGCUCACCGUGGACGUGGAGAAACGGAUCACGGUGGAUGACUGUCUGGAGCACCCUUGGAUGACUGAAAAAUACCCCAAUGUCACUGACAGCACGGAUGGGCUGACAGGCGCCUUGGGCAACUUGGAUUUCUCGAAGCGCAAGAUGGAGCGGGAGCGGACCCUGCUGAGCAGUGUUAAUGACGUUCUUUUCAGUGAACAUGUGGAAGGCAGUGAAGCCCCAAUUAAAGUCUUUCACAAUAACAAUGCUGGUACGCGCAUUCACAAUCAACCAGCGAAGGUUGAAUCGUCCCCCGGAGACCAAGGUAGCCCCAAGGGGUUUGUGAAUCUCGGCGAGCGUGGUGAUCCCGCGCUAUACGACGAACCAAAGGUCAAUCGACAUAAGUAA